CGUAUUUUAAGUUACAAGAUGGCUUCUGUUAUGUAUGAUGGAUGAAAACAAGUUAAACUAGCAAUCAGUGAGAAAGUGCUACAUCUAAUAACAAUUUGUAAUAUUAUAUAACUUUUCGUUAUUUGUGAGUAUUUUUUAUAGUUAUUUUUUUGUUAAUAUUUAAACAAAUUGAGCCACAUGAUUUUAAAUCAUGUAGGCAUAAUGUAAAUGAGUGGCACUGGCAUCAUUGAUGAUUGUUUUUUGGGUUUUUUUUUGUGUGGGAAGCGUUAUCCACACAGCUCUGUGAAUAACGUUGGGCGUUAUCAUCAGACCGAAUUCUGCGAAUGAUGCCGAGCGUUAUUGUUAGACAGAAAUGUUCCCAUAAUUACGCAAAUUUCUAGAAAUAAUUAGGAUCGCAUUCCAAGCCGGGGUGGGGGCGUAGUUUUAAGUAGUGUAGGAGAGAGCGAUCUUUAAUCUUUAUAAGAGUAUGGCACAAACACAUCUCAAAACCGAAGCUACCGGUACGCACAAGUUAAAUUUAAAAAAUGUAAUAGGCCUAACUAUAGCCUAUAUAUUGGAUAUAGGACAAUUAGUUGUGCCUACAUCUGCUCUGUUAGGGGCCAACAUAGGGUCUAUUCGACCUAUAGAGUGUUACUAAUAUAUCCAGUCAAACCUCCUACUCCUAGACAUAGCUAAUUUUCUGGUAUUUCAUAUUAAAUGUUAUACCAGUAAAUAAAUAUGGUACCGGUAUUCUUCAUGUAGACUCCCUUUCACCCAUUGUAGAGAUGUUUUUAAAUGAUGUCAAAGCUUGAUAGAAUAUCGUUUAGUUUUUUUAAAGCACUAUGAUAAAUCAUGUCGUCCAGAAAUGUUCUGUCAGAAAUAGUUGACAUGCCGUGCAACAAUGUUAUGAUGCAGAGAGGUGUCUGCAUCAGGCGGCCAUGUGAGAGACGGGGAGGGGCAUGUAUAGGCCCUACAUCGAUAAUAACAGAAUCUAAUCCUGUUUAAGUUUAAGGCUAGUAUUUUUUCCUGAUCCUAGAGGGUGUCCCUAAGUCUACCCAGCUCUGGCCUUAGCUGGGAAAAGUAAAGGUGGCUGGUUAUUGCGCUGGCCAUACACUCAAAUUUGUAAACGCUGCUUCAAUUGCCCCAAGGGAACUUUACUUCCCAAAGACUCGCAAUGCAUCCUACGACCAGCAGGUUUCCAAUUAAUUUUAGUAUGAUUUUUUUGUAUUUUUUUUUUACAAGAGCUAAAAUUGUUGAUGUCAAUGAUAUUGAUGUUUUAAGUACGGUACCGGUAUGUUCAUUUCAUUGUCAUCAAUAAAUGUUAUUUCAACUAUUUCUGGAGCGGCAUAUUGUGUCCCUACUUAUUAUGAUACUUAUUAGAAAAUAAAACGUGACAUAUUUUUUUCAGCUAAACUUUAAUACACAACUCUGUGAUAUAAAAUAUUUGAAUAAGUAAGUUAUUAAUAUUUAUUUGUUUAUUACAGAAAAAACAAAUGGAUGUUAAAGUCUAUGAGUGGAAUUAUACAAAGAAAAUUAAACAGUCAAAAGAGCUAAAAGUAUAUCACAAUGUGCAGUUAGAACAGCUGUAUCUGACUUAAACAUGGUUUAUGCGGCUCAUCUGCAUGUCCAUGUUGUUAACAGUUUUUUGACGAAACUUGAAUGAACAUUCUAACAAAAUAGAUUGAAACUAGAAUUUUGAAUACUUACGUUGUUGGACAGAAUGAAAAGUAUAAUAAAAUUGUAUAAAUAAAUAGUGUAACAUUAGUAACAAAACUAUAUGAAAAUAAUAAUAAAACUAUGUGAAAAGAAUAAGAAAGCUAUAUGAAGAAUAUAAUUAUUAUAUAACAAUAUGAAAUAACCAUUAAAUAUUUUUUUUUUUAAAUUGAAUUUACAAAAAGUAGAUUCCCCAACAGGGAAUCGAACCCUUGUCUUCGGGGUGACAGGCGGAGAUACUGACCACUACACUACCGAGGAGAUACAUACCAGUGAACUUUGUAUUUUAAAUUCAUAAUUUAAUUUAUCACAUUCUGCGAAUAAUGUCGAGCGUUAUCGGCAGACCGAAUUCUGCGAAUAACGGCCAGCGUUAUCCGCACAGCUCUGUGAAUAAUCACUUCGUUUUUUUGUUAUCAUCGUCAUCGACGAAUAUUAAAUUGUAAGCCGAUUGAGCAUAAUCGCCUAAUUUAACUAAUUAAAUUAACUGAUUAAGUUUAGUAAGUUUAAAAUUAAUAAAACUAAAACUCUAAGUGGCUAAAAUGCAGUUAGUGGCAGGGCUGGCAAUGGCUUCCAUGUAUUUUUUUUUUUUGGUAUCAUAAUUUAGUAUUAGUAAACUGUAAAGGAAAGGCAUAGGACAUGACAUGGAGGUUCCCCUGGUUAACAAGAGACUUCAAAGUUUAGCUCUGUAUUUAUUUGAAAGUGGUGUUUUUGGAUUAGCAGUAUGGUCAGCGAUGUGUUCCACAGUGUAUGGGUCUUGGAGGCUCCCCCAUGUUGCCCAUGACAACUACGCAGACUACAGUCUACAGACUACAGCACUGUAUUCAAAAGAUGCAGAUAUUUAUGUUUGUGUUCACUUAAACUUAAAGAUUAAAGUUAAUGCAAGUUUUUGUUUCCUUAUUUUAUAUUUUUCAAAUAGUUUGAGAGGUUCUGGGAAGGGGUUUCUCCUCCCCAGAGGAUUUUUUGUUUCUUAUUUUGGUAUUUGAAGUGGGGGGAGGGGUCUUUUGACUGAUUUGAAUGCUUUUGUUUUGAAUAGUUGAAAAUCAGUGUAAUAACUUGUUAAAAAUUCAGUAACAAAUGGGAUACUACUUAAAUUGAAUUAGAAAUGGAUGUCUUUGCAAUACUUGGCAAUAGCUUAGGAAAUAUUUGAUAACUUGUGUUUCAGAAUGAAUUUAGAAGGCAUUUAAACUGGAAUAUUUUCAUUUGAGGUUGAAAAACCCGGUAGUAUUCAUAUUAUAAAUUAUCAAUAUUUUCCAAGCGCAAAAUCUCAGCGUUUCAUAUAUAAGAGUUUGCCAUGUGACUGUGGAAAACGAUUUUCUGGGGACUGGAGACUUCCCUCCCCAGAAAUUAUUUUGUUUCUAUUUUUGUAUUAAAAUUGGGGAGUGGGAGUCGAGAGCCGGGAAAUUAUGUUGAAAUGACUUGAAAUGUCCCGUUAAAUUAUGACAUUAUAUUAUUGUAUAGCAUACAAGUACUUUUUUUUUCAACCAAUAAAAAAAAUAGCACUUUUAACCAUGCACUCUUCUUUUUUCUGGUGUUGGUAUCAGCAUGGUCCAAACCCAUGGGGAAAAGACAUUGGCACCAAUGCCAGACAAUAUGAAAGCUUUGUAUUCUGAAAGACUGCCUAUCAGUCCAGCCAAAUUUGAUGACUUACAGGUUUUAAAACGAUUCUUUUCUCUGGAGUCACAAAAUUUCUUUGAUGAGCUGCCCACUGCUUAGACCGGGCAAACCGCUGACAGUGAUUAAGAAGCUAAACUGUGCAACACAUACACAAAUAGAGAUGGCAGAUGUUAUCUUUUUGUAAUAUUUCAGUCUGUUAAAAAAACUAAAAUAAAAGCAAACCAAAAAACCACCAACUAAACAAUUUUUGUUUUUUUUAUAUAAAAAAUACACGUCAUAUAGUAAAAUGGAAAAAGCAGUGAUGUCAUUUUUGUCAUUGCUUUAAACAAAAAAAAUAUUGUCAUUCUACUAUUUUUACAAAUAUUUUUGUUUAAAUCUGGUAUUGAUUAGAUAUGGCUAUUCUUGCUCUUGACGAAAAUUUAGACAUCUUGACAUUUUUAUACUUGCAUGAGGAGACUUCAUUUCAGUUUUUCUCAAAAGUGUCAAAACUUGACAUCACUGGUUUUUCCUUGAGCCCUUGUAAAUCACUAAUCGUCAUAUAGUAACUUCAAACAGUAGUUACUCUUCUUCUUCUAUAUCUUAAGGGCCCACGAUCAAUUUAUUGAUCAUUUUGGCUCCUAUGCAUGUAGAUGGGAUUUGCAAUGUUUCUGUUACUGGUGUUGAUGAGGAAAUCAUGCACUAGGGGUUUGAAGGCUUGAGGCAAUAGACACAAAUGUGUCUAGUGACACAAAUGUGUCUAGUGUUGUCGCCUCAACCGUUCCUUUUGAAAGAUUGUUCCAGUCCCUGAUUGUCUUGGGCAGGAAUGAGCAGCUCCUAUACUGCAAUGCAAUGUCUGCCAUUUGUAGUUUUGAUUCACUGAUAGUUUGAGAAAAAGCAUAAUGCCUGUGUAAUUUCAAUUUAGGCACAUAUAUUUUUUUAAAUUCAGAAAUUAAGAAAUGAUUAUUAUUUUGUUUCUAGUGACUAGGGAAACCCUGAAAUAUUUCUUUUCUUGAAAUUUAAUAAAAGAUAGGACUAACUAAAUUUCAGCCCAAUCAUAUUUACUUCUUCUACUCUUCUCUAAUGUUAAGAUUAUAUUUUAAUUAUUUCUUCUGUUUUCAGGUGUGUUUACAUUUUAAUUGAAAAUGACGACUGCUGCAAGACCAACUUGGGACACAGCAAAAGGAGGUAGAGGAAAGGGUGAAGGUGAUCUUAGUGCCCUCUCAAAACAGUACUCCAGUCGAGAUUUGCCAUCUCAUACUAAAUCAAAAUAUAGGUGUGUGAGCUGUCGCAAAACUAUAAUAAAUGUAAUUCAUUAAAUGUUUUUUCUUACCCUAAGCAUGUGUCUAGUACAAAAUUGCAACUCUGUGCUACUGCGGCUUGCAUGACCUGGCGCCGUCCUAUCUCAAAGCGCUCAUGACGCCUUAUGUACCCACUAGACAACUCGGCUCAUCCGAUUGUGGCAAACUCUCGAUACCACGUGUUCGCCUUGAGACAUAUGGAAGGCGCACGGUUGCAUUUGCUGGCCCAAAAAUUUGAAACACACUUCCUGUCGUUUUCAGAAACAGCCAGACACUGGAGUCUUUCAAAACCAAUUUGAAAACAUAUCUAUUUACCUGUUGGGGUGAUGUUGUCUCCCAUCUUUUCCAGCUAGCUAUUAUCUCCUAGAUGUAUAGUGGCCUGUGUUUUUUAUGGUUGCAAGGGAUGAAAGACUUAGAAUGGGCAUUCUCAUAUGUAGUUUUUGUAAUGUUGUGUUUUGUAUUUCAAUGUGGUGAAAUAUAGAUUUUUUCAUUUCUCUUUUAAUAUGGAUGAAUUUAUACCACUCUUCGAGCCUUUGGGGAUGAAGCGUAAUUUUCAAAUAAGCUUUAUUAUUAUUAUUAUUAUUAGUUUGGGGUUGCUUUACAUUUUUUACUGUGAUUAAAAAAAUAAAGAUUGUGCCAUGCUAUGGUACCACUAAAGCUUAAAUAUAUUGUUAUAAUUUAUAUAGAUUAAUUAAAUAAUAAUAAUAGAUGUAUGGAUAUAUUUAAUAGGCAAGAAGGACAAGGCACGACAGAAGAGCUAAGAAGUAGAGAUUUCCGCCGUGAGUUGGAAGAGAGAGAAAGAUCUUCAAGAGAAAAGCGCGACAGAGGUCGAGGUAUGAUACUUUUUUUUUUUCAGCCAUGAUAAUAAUAGAACCUUUAUAAACAGUAUAUUACAGUGUAUAAUGCAAUUCAGGUACAAUGCAAACCGGUACAUUUUUGUUGAUAAAAGCCCCAAAAUGCCAUGUGUUAAUCUUGUUCAUUUUGGAAUGGAGUAAACAUGCAAGAAAGAAUGGGCAGCGAAGGGGAGAGCAUUCAUACAUUUUUCUUCUUGCUCUUUGGGGAUAUAAAGUGUUAUUGAAAAAAUUGCUUCUACAAUAGGGUAUAGCUAUAGCUAAUUUUCUGAAAGUUAAAAUUUUUCUGCUCCUAUCCCCUAAUCCUGUUUCAAUUGAUCAAAAAUGAUCUGUGCAGAACUUCAGGUCAAUCGGUCAAGAGCUAGGCGCCCCGUAAAUUCCUUUAAGUUGGAACAUAGUGUACACAAAAAUUAAUUCCACUAAAAAGAGGUAUACUCUUCAAAAAUUAUCUUAGACUCUGGCAGUGGUAGCAGUAGUAGCAGCAGCAAGAGACCACGCAUAGAGCAGAUUCCAGCUGCCAACCUUGAUGCUGAUGAUCCGAUCGAUGAAGAGGUGAGCAAAACAUUUUUUAUAGACUUCCUUUCUACUUGCAUUUCCAUCUUGUGGAUGGAGAGUUAUUUUUUGUUUUCACACGUGACAUUUUGAUUGGUUGAUCAUUUUCUCAUGAAGUGGUCACCUGAAAGGUAUUGAUAGUCUCAUUGCAAUGAGUUGUGUCAAUGUGGUGUCUACUCCUGGGUUAGCAGUGGCAGAUUGAGAUUGCGGUUGAGUUAACGAGUGCAUGGGUGAACUCAGACCUUCUUUUUUCUUUCUUUUUUUAUUCCGAGGUACAGCGUUAGUGACUUAAACAGGGAUUUUGUAAGCAUUGAGUGUUUAAAAAAAUUGAAUAAUUCUCCUUUUGUCGAUAAUUUAGUUUUAAUAGAAAAUAAAAAAAUAACAUUUAAAAAAAAAGAAAGGACUUUUUAUUUUCUGUGCAGAAAAUAUUUUCAAAAAUUAAUAAAUGAAAUAUAUUUAAGUCUCUUCUGUGUUCAAUUUUAAUUCUUUGGCUACACAGAAUGCUCAUCUACUCUUCUGUAUAGUCUUUCUUUGCGUAGUGCUAUUUAAAAAUUGUAGAUUUUAAAAACUUUGUAGUGCGUUUUAACUCUUCUUUGAUAGAAUGUCUUUUUUAAAAACUUUUUAUAAAUAUUUUAUUAAAAAUAUUUUUUAAUGAAGAUCACCAUUAUUUUGAUCUCAAACUUGUUACUUGAAGUAUGUAAUUUUAAAUAUGUCCAGGGGUAAAAUAAAAUGAAAACCAUUUCAAAAGCAUGUGUCAAAUAUUUCAUCUCGUCUAUUAUAUUAUGAUGAUGGCAAAUAUUUGAUGAAUAUUCCGAUGGCAAUUCUUCAAUGGUCACAGCACGGACAAGUGUGAUUCAAAGACACUAAAAGGUUCAUUGUACAUUAUGGGUUUAUUUUCACAGAACUAAUACAUCUCAUUGGGAAAUGGUGUCGGUGGGCCGUCGAGCUCGAGCUCAUAAUGCCCUGGCAUCCCCAACAUUGGCCACAUUCUUAUCUUCUACUAAAUGAUAAAAAAAUUAAUAAAACAAGGUGAAAAAGAAUGAAUGAAAUGUUAUAAAGAAAAGAAACAAUAUGAUUCUAAGUAUGGCGAACUUGAAGAGCAUUCAAACCUGUAAAACUAAUUUUCACUUUUCUUUUUUACUAAAAAAAAUUUUUAUCGCAAACUAGCGACAGAAAAAAUUAAUAUGCAUUGUAUUAUAUUAUGUAGUCCUAUUUACUUAUUUUUACAUUUUAUAAAAACAUUUUCAACAAUUUAGGACUGGUUCAUGGAGAGUAAAUAGUUUUCCUGGCUUUGUAUCCUUGCAUUUCCAUCUAGUACAAUCAUUUUUCAUAUUUUGAGGAAAUAAUCAACACAAAAAUCAACAUAGUGUGAAACAAGGAAUGCUAAAAAACAACAUUAAAACAUGGACACAAACAAAAUGUUACCUCAUUAUUGCAUGCAUGUUCCUUGUAAAUGAAUGUUAGCUGCAGUCUGUUCAGAUUGAUGAGACUGUAUGGAGGAUUUGGGCAUCUUUGGCCUAUGAAGGUUUUAAUAUUUUUGAAAAAUGCAUUAUCAAUUAAGAAUAUUUUUGGUUAUGUAAGCCUGCGUAUAUUAUAAUUAUAAGCAUGUAAUCCAUCCUUUAUAUUUUUAAUGCCUUUCAAUAUUAAUGGCAAAUUUUACUACACACCUUUUUUACUGUUUUGUUUGCUAGUUAUAUUAUAUAUGAUUUUUAUCUUCUAUUAGGAAGAUGAAGAAGACUCUGAUGAUGAAGAUGACACUGCUGAAUUACUGGCAGAACUACAGAGGAUUAAAAAAGAAAGGGUAGAGGAAAAAGCUAAAAUGGUAACUUAAACAUUGAUUUUAAUAAAUUCUUGUGUAUCAAAUAUCCAUAGUUAAUGCAUGGGAUUUUGUUAAUUUAAAAAAUUGAUCACAGUUAUUUCAUUGUUUUAAAUACCAUGAAUGUUGUUUUUCAUCUUCAUUUCGAUAUUGAGAUCUUUCCCUAUUCAAAAACUUCAUUUUCUUUUCAUCAAGUUUAUGGGUAAAAUUAGUUGUAAUUGGUUAGCUUAUUUUUCUUUUGUUUUACUUAGCCAUUCCCCACUAAAAAAUAUGACUUGGAAAUGCCAAUUAUAACUGUUGAUUGCAUAAAGAUCACCUAUAUUAUCUCUACAUUAUAGUUUACUCUGUAGACUAUCUAUAUGAACUUAACAGGCAUAUCUUGCAAACUGACUUGGCCUAAAGGUUUACUGGUUGAAUAUAUUCUUCUAAAACAAAUGUCUCUCCGCUCAGCCUCAAGCUGGUAUCAGCUAUCUGAGACCUUGUACAAUAAAUUCUAUAUACACCAACUAUCAAGAGAUUCAAAGUUGUGCUCCAGCAUGAGCUCAUGUUUCCAAGAGCAAACAAGAUCGUUUACAAUCACAGUACAAAAUACCUCAGUGGAUAUAAUACCUUGACACUAACCAAAUAAUAUUAAUUUCAAUGUUUGCUCUCUGAUCACUUGUAUAGAUGAUUUUUUAAAAAUUAUUGUAGGAGGCAGAGAGGAAAGCAGAAGAGGAAAGAAUCAGGACAGAAAAUAUACUCAUGGGGAACCCUUUAAUGCAGCCAGAAAAACAGUCAUCCACAGAUUUUAAAGUCAAACGAAGGUGAGAUAUGACUGUGUGUUUAUAUCUUAAAUAGUUUCUUCUAUAAUUUUUUAAAUAAGUCAAAGUAAGCUAUAAAUUAAAAUAAAAUAUAUUCCAUUAAAAAAUAUAGUGCUGCUUUUCUUUAUCCCAAGAUUAAUGCAAUUCUUUUAUUUAAAAAGUGAAUGGCCUUCAACUGAAAACAUGUUGUUGUUAAGUCUGAAAAUAUUUAAAACAAUAUUAUUUUAUAAAUCUUUGAAAUCGUCACAAUGAUCACUUGUACUGGUAAAGGACAUUUAGUAUGCCAAGACAGGCACUAACUGACAAACAUAUUCUAUUUGGGGCUUGAGCUUGCGUCCUUAAAACCCUGGCUAGAGUAUUGGCAACCAGCUCCAUCUGCUGGGCUGUGUCAUAUAACAUUGUCUGGACGUAGGACUCUCCCACCUCCACCCUAACAACUGGGCAUGAAGUCAAGAGAAGUGCUACUGUUUCCAGGUCCAGGAUUCAGUACUGGCAGGUCUUGCCCUUGUUGUAUAGCCUGUUGAAGUAUGAGUUAGUGGGGAAGAGUUCAGUUGGAAUUUGGGUCACCACCAGACACUGCAGCAUGUUAGCGUAUAUGUCUCUGAACUUCGUGCUGUCAGCCCAUUGACCAUAUCACUUUUUCCUUCAGUGGUCCGCCAGACAAUUUUUGGACACCCAUAUAAGUGACUGGUGUUUCUGGUUGGGACUGGUAGGCCCUGAUUUUGCCAUUGUGUCUGCUUUUUUAUUGCCCUUUUUGUUUAUGUGCACCAUUACCCAUUACCUUGCCUCCGAUUUUUAUCGAUCAUGCCCAUGACAUCCAAGAUAGCAUCAACCUAGUUGGUUUUACAUACUUCCUUAUUCAAGGUCUCAUGAGCUGAUUUUGAAUCAGAGAAAAUGACCAGGUCUAGUCCCACAAGCUCCCACCUCUGCAGUGUACUGUGCAUACUUUCCAGCGCCCUGUGAACAGCAUGUUACUCCUCAUCAAAAUUUGACGCCCUAAUCCCACAGGGCCCUGAAAGUUGCUUAUUAUGUGGCCCUCUGAUUGGGUGUAGGAUGAACGCACCGUACCACACAUUUCUUUCUCUCAAGUUGAUGCAUAAAAGAGGACAUUUUUAGUCUAUUUCACACGUCCUAGUUAUUCUGCAUUUGGAAGCAGGGUUCCUUUUCAUUAAGACUUCUGUACCGUUCCGCGGUAGUUAAAAUCACAUGUCCCUUCUGAAUUCUAGCAGUUUCAUGUUGGCUAAGAUUUCCACGACAGCAGUGGGUGUGAUCUUGAAUGCACCACGGAUGAAUCUCAGAGCCUGAUUCUGGAUUUGGCCUAUUUUUUCCUUGCCUAGUGCACCCAGUAGCACCUGCAGUCGGCCUGAGCCUCGUCACUGAUCUGCAAGGGAGGAGGGGCUUCAAAAUACUUUGCUUAGACAAUUAUUAUUUGUGCCAACCAUAUAAAGAAUAAUUAUAUCAACUUAAACCACUCCUGGAGAGAGAUGCAAUAGCAACUCUCACCUUUGUCUUGGGAGUCAGACGUAUGCGUGAGAUCCUGUUAGCUUCAUUGGAUGGUAAGUUGCACCCAGUUACUAGUCUCCCAGCAGCCUCGUAGAGGACUGGAUCUCAUGUUGCAGAGUGGCCUAUAAAUCACCAUUAUCACUGAGCUAAUUAAUGCUUUUUUUUUUGUCCACACUACCAGGUGGGAUGAUGAUGUUGUUUUCAAGAAUUGUGCCAAGGGAGAUGAAUCCAGGACAUCAAGGGGUUUUAUUAAUGAUACACUUCGCUCAGAGUUCCAUAAAAAAUUCAUGGAAAAAUAUGUCAAAUAAUUAUCACUAUCUUAGCAUCAUCUCAUGAAAUAUCUAAUGGAUUUGAAUUUGAGUGUUUUACAAUUAUGUUAAUUUUUAUUAUUUUAAUGUGCAACAAUUUGAUUUGCUAGAACUAGACUAGGGGGAAUUGUAAAUGUUCACCAAUGAACUGCCAUUCAAUGUUAUGGGAAUGAAGGACUCCAAUAUUGCUACAAGCCUCACCCAUGUAGGUAAUCACACCAAAGUUUAUACAUAGAAAAAGAGCUGAUCAUAUGUCAGUUAUCUGGUAUUUCUUUUGUCAUGAUUGUAUGCAUGUUGUUUUUUUUUGUUUUUUUUAUGGUUUAAAAAGUAUAUAAUAAAUAUCUUUAAUUCAUGAAAAAGGAAGUUGAUUCUUGUUUUUAUUGG